AUAAAUAAAUAAAUAAAUAAAAAAUAAAAAAUAAAAAAUAAUUUUGGUGGUAUUGAGAUAAUCAUGGGAAAAGAGCCCAUGUACAUAGAGCAAACGGCCACCGACACAAUCGAGCACGGCCAGCCCACCAAGGCCUUAGACGAUGACGGCCGUGUCAAAAGAACCGGGACAUUGGUGACGGCGAGUGCACACAUAAUAACGGCCGUUAUCGGGUCGGGCGUUCUGUCUCUAGCUUGGGCCAUAGCCCAGUUGGGCUGGGUCGCGGGCCCAGCAGUGCUCAUGGCCUUUUCGUUCAUCACGUUUUUCACAUCAACCUUGCUCGCGGAUUCUUACCGGUGCCCCGGCCCGGCCCAAGGCACGAGGAACUAUACCUACAUGGACGUUGUUCGUGCGCAUUUAGGUGGUGUGAAAGUCCAGCUAUGUGGACUUGCACAGUAUGCCAAUCUGGUGGGUAUCACAAUUGGAUACACAAUAACGGCAUCAAUCAGUAUAGUGGCUGUGAAGAGGUCAAAUUGUUUCCACAAGCAGGGGCAUAAAGCUGCGUGCAACGUGUCAAACUAUCCGUACAUGGGGCUAUUUGCGGGAAUUCAAAUAAUUUUGAGCCAAAUACCAAAUUUUCACGAGCUUUCUUGGCUGUCGAUCAUGGCGGCUGUUAUGUCCUUCGCUUACUCGACCAUCGGCUUAGGUCUCUCCAUAGCCAAAGUUGCAGGCGGUGAUCGUGUGAGGACAACCCUAACGGGGACCACGGUAGGCGUGGACGUGUCCGCAGCGGAUAAGGUGUGGAGAAGCUUCCAAGCCAUAGGAGAUAUUGCCUUUGCCUAUGCUUACGCUACUGUCCUCAUAGAAAUCCAGGACACGUUAAAAUCACAUCCACCGGAGAACAAAGUGAUGAAAAGGGCUUCAUUUGUUGGGGUAUCAACGACAACCUUAUUUUACGUGCUUUGCGGUUGCGUGGGCUAUGCUGCUUUCGGAAAUGAUGCGCCUGGAAAUUUCCUCACUGGAUUUGGAUUUUACGAGCCCUAUUGGCUGAUCGACUUUGCCAAUGUUUGCAUUGCAAUCCACCUAAUUGGUGCUUAUCAGGUUUUCGCACAACCGAUAUUCGGAUUUGUGGAGGGGUGGUGCAACAGAAAAUGGCCCGGUAGCAAAUUCAUCACGGCCGAGUACUCUUUGCUAAACACCUCAUAUAGCAUCAACUUUUUCAGGCUGGUGUGGCGUACGGUUUAUGUUGUCAUCACUUCCUUGUUUGCCAUGAUUUUCCCCUUUUUCAACGACUUCUUAGGAUUGAUUGGGGCAGCCUCCUUCUAUCCUUUGACUGUCUAUUUCCCAAUCGAAAUGCACAUUGCGCAAGCAAAGAUACCUAAAUACUCCUUCACAUGGAUUUGGCUCAAGGUUUUGAGCUGGGCUUGUUUGAUUGUAUCAAUUGUGGCAGCUGCUGGUUCUAUACAAGGACUUGCACAUGAUGUCCGGAAAUACAAGCCUUUCAAAACUAUAUAGUUUCCUUUUUUUUUUUUUACAAGUGUUUUUCUUUUUCGAAUGUCUGUUUUUUGGAUCAACAAGCGCAUGUUGUAACUUUAUAUAUAUAUUUAUAGGUCAUGAGGUUUGUAAUACGACUGGAUGUUUUUGUAAGUUUGAAAUAAUAGUUUGCGCUAACUUAAUUGUGUGCAGAGGAGUAAUUUUGUGACAAAUUGGAAUAAGAAAAAGAUAAAUAAAACAGUUUUUUAUUUCUUUUUUUGGUUGAGUGAG